CCAGUCCUACUCUCCCCAGUUGUUACUCCCAGCCAGCAGCACCGUCCAGGGCCCGGCCGCACGCUACAACUAGAACCAACCCCAGCCCCGGUGCAGUGCACAGCCAGUGUAGCUAGGCUCUCUCGCAGCGAGAGCAGGACGCAGGACGGCUAGCUAGCUUUGAUCGGCCGGCCGGAUCGGAGUGCUCGUGUGUCGGGGGCCAUGGCCGGCGCCGCGGGCGACAGGGCGGAAGGUGUGGGCGGUGGCGGGGACUGGCCGCCGUUCGCCGGCGACGCCUUCGCGGAGUACUCGUCGUCGGUGUUCGCGGAGCUCGGUGGAUGGUCGGAUGGCCUUGGCGCGGGCGCCGGGGAGCUGCCGCCGCUGGAUCUGCCGGCGGCGAGCGCGUCCGGGCCGGUCCCGAUGGCGCGGUCGGACGAGAUCAUGCCGGCCGCGUCAGGCGAGCCCGCAGGCGCCGCCUCCUCCUGCUCCAGCGGCGACGGCGCCGCAGCCGCCGCGGAGAACGCCGACAAGCCGCAGGAGGCCGCCGACGCAGCGAGCAUGAAGCCGGCGGCGGCGGCAGGGAAGAAGGGGCAGAAGCGGGCGCGGCAGCAGCGGUUCGCCUUCGUGACCAAGAGCGAAGUUGAUCACCUCGAGGAUGGGUACAGAUGGAGGAAGUAUGGGCAGAAAGCCGUCAAGAACAGCCCUUUCCCAAGGAGCUACUACCGGUGCACCAACAGCAAGUGCACCGUGAAGAAGCGGGUGGAGCGGUCGUCGGAGGACCCCUCCGUGGUGAUCACCACCUACGAGGGCCAGCACUGCCACCACCAGACCUCCUUCCAGCGCGGCGGCAUGCACUUCCACGGCGCCGCCACCGUUGCGCUCGCCGAGCAGAUGUCGUUCGUGUCAACUCAGCAGCUGUACAACCUGCCGCCCCUGCGCCGACAACAGAUGAAUCCUGCAUCGUCGGAGUCCGCCGUUAGCUCCGUGCCGCCGUCUUUGCAGCAGCUCAACGGCGGCGACGAACUGCGAAGGUCAACUAGCUAUAGCCCCACGGCGUCCGCGGUGCAGACACCGUCGUCGUCGUUGGUGCCUCCGGACGUUUCCUUUGACAUGGGACUGCUUGGCGACAUCGUGCCUCCAGGAGUAAGAAAUGGAUGAAGAUCUAUAAUGGUAAUUAUUUUAAGAUAAUAGGUUUAUAAGCGAGAACGGCUACGGUGUGGACGAGCUCGUGCGCUCCCGCUAACUGGACGAACGACUCCAUGACGCGUAGCACAGCGUAUUUACUGCUAUGGUGUGCAUUGACGUCGAGUACAGGUGCUCCACCGUCCAAACUAACCCGAAAGUAGCGGCUCAGCUUCGUGUUGUUCCGUUGGAACAUGAAUGUCGGAGUGGCCCAUAACCGAAUGCCGCCGUCAACUUUCGCUACUGAGAUGGCGUCCUCCGAAAGGGUACUUGGGUGCCCAACUCUCAAAAGUAAAUGGGUACCCAUGUUUGGGCCCAUGGUUGUCUCAGCGUCGCUGACCAGUAAAAGAAAUAUAUCUUCCUUCUCCCAUAGCCGCCUACAGAGCAGGAGCUCAUGGCGAUGCAGAUGUCGACAUAGCCGCCUACAGAGCAGGAGCUCAUGGCGAUGCAGAUAUCGGCCGCUGGAGGUGUUGAAGUCGAGUUUUUGUCAGAUCCCGUCGACAGAUUUCCACUGCGAGAUCUCGCUGCCGCACAGCCCUUGGUUGCUUACGAGAUGUACAAAUCCAUGGAGUGUGAGCCUGCUGAGUCCAGCAUUGGUGAUGUGGAGACGCUCCGGUCAACAGUAAUUGCAAUGCGAUUGCCUUGUCUGCAGCAGCAUCUGAGCAUUCUACGGGCAAAGACACCCCUGAAGCCCCAGGCUGGAGGAAGAGAAUGCGAGUCGGAAGUUCAUCUAGCGAGCGCCACCCAUGCGCUGACAGGAUGAGUGCUUUGGAAGCAACACUAAGAAGCUAUGCAGAGAAAAAAAAUGGCACUGUCGUAGUUCCUACUAUGGGGACAAAAUUUGAUUCUCUUGAAGAAGCCUGCUAGAACAUGUUCCUGGAUGUGCAUGGAUGCAGAAAAUGUCCUUGGGAUAUAGAGCUGGAAAUCUGGGACUUAGGGUGUUCUAGAGCAUCCAUGCCAUCCAAGUGAGAGGAGAAUAUCCUUUGUCUUUAGGACAUGCUUGCUGAACAUGCAAGUUCGCUAGACGAAGGAUGGGUAUAACUGAUGAAGCUUUAUGCAGUCUAUUGGCACCCAUCUCGUACAGAGCUAUUGCCGAGAGCGCCUUUGCAUCUGACGUCGUGCGCCAGAGUUGGUCAUAGGGGACCACACGCAGCUUGAUCAGCUCGACAUGGUCCCGCAGGCCCGUUUCCUUCCCUUGGAGAGCCUAAGGCUGGCCAUAGUGGGGGUAACAUAACCUGUAACAUGCACUUGGGACUAGCAAAUAUGUUUAUGUGGCA